GCCCUCUCAGAGGAUAACGGACUGUGUCCUUUUGAUCAGAUAUGGUGGCUGUUGUUGUAUAUCUUCCUUGGAAAGAUUCUGUAGACAAUGUUAUUUUCCACUUUCUAUUUGAGAAUUCUGUAGGGAACUGGGGAGAUAACCUGUAUCUUGCUGAAGAAGCAGCACUGAAAUUUGCAAGAGAUUCUGCCAUCAAAUGCUGAUUUUGUGUUGGAAAAAAAUGCAUGUAUAAUAACAUCUACUUCAAAUAACCAUUGCUAUGUCACACAGCCACCUGAUCCAUGUUACCUCUAAUGUUAUUUUUUUUUUUUUUGUUAUUCCAGUAAUUGAUUCUCAGUUCUAACAAGUAAUUCUUGCCAAAUCCUUCAACAGUGAGACAAGCCUCUCUUUUCUCUCCUCCUAGUGCCUAUUUUUAUAGCGAUAACAAAACAACAUAGUCUCUUACCUGUGAGAUAGAGGUCAGCUUCCACUCCCUUCAGGACACUGCUCCCAGAACCAGCACACAGAGCAGCUUUCUUCACUGGAGAAUCUGCAGGAUACAAGCCUCACCCAGUCCCUUGGACAGCCAGUUGUUGACUCCGUGGGGCACGGCAUCGUACGCUGUGUGCGGGGAGUAGAUCCCGAUCCUGUGCUCCAGAGCCCGGACCACCAGCCGCUCCUUCCAGGUCCUCCACGUUACCCGCUUGAGCGGAGCGAAGAUGGGAGGGUGAUAGGAGAGAAUGAGGUCCGCGUUCUUCUGCACCGCCUCCUCCAUCACCGGCUCGGUGAGGUCGUUGGCGAUUGCUGUACACGCCUCUACCUCAGCUUUUUGAUGAGCAGACAUGGCUGUCACGCUGCACACUGAUGUAGGAGACAUUAAAAUUGAACUGUUUUGUGAGCGAACGCCAAAAACGUGUGAGAAUUUCCUGGCUCUUUGUGCUAGUAACUACUACAACGGCUGUGUGUUUCACCGGAAUAUAAAGGGCUUCAUGGUUCAGACAGGGGAUCCAUUAGGCACUGGGAAAGGAGGAACCAGCAUCUGGGGCAAGAAGUUUGAAGAUGAAUUCAGUGAAUACCUAAAGCAUAGUGUCCGUGGAGUGGUUUCAAUGGCAAACAAUGGUCCAAAUACCAAUGGAUCGCAGUUCUUCAUCACUUAUGGCAAACAACCACACCUGGAUAUGAAGUACACUGUUUUUGGGAAAGUGAUUGAUGGCUUGGAGACCUUGGAUGAGCUGGAGAAGCUGCCUGUGAAUGAGAAAACCUACCGACCUCUGAAUGAUGUUCACAUCAAAGAUAUCACCAUUCAUGCCAACCCUUUUGCCCUGUGACCACCGACAGUCGUGACGCGUUCUUUAGAGGCUGGUCAGACCGACUGCUGGAUGGCGGCGUUUGAUGCACCAUCAGACAGGGUUACAGGAGCUGGGCCGUACCUUGGCGCACUCAACGCGGGGCUUUGGCAGCUGUGAUGUGGAUGAAUUGCUUCAGGGGAGCCUUGUGUUCCACAAGCCCUUGUUUCCAGGGUGUAUGAUGACUUUUAUUGACAUGAUUUUGACUUCUAAGUGUUGCUUUUUAUACUUGUAAAAAUAAGACUUUCAAAUACAGAUAUAUAUUUUUUGCAA